GUCGGCAUCUCCAUCGGAGAGCUCUAAAGCUCGCUAACACUUGCUUAUUUGUUCUGUAACGUAGAAUUAAUCUAAUGAUUAUAUUCGACUGACGACGAAGACAGAGCCACCGCUAUUUACCUUGUCCUGAUCAAAAGUCUGCAGCUUUUCUUCCUUCUAAUUAGAGGUAAUCUUCUACUAUAGGAUCCAUAUAACGCAUUACAUCAGUUUUUGUUCUUAUCUUCACCGCUACUGAAUCUUUAAUCCCCGAGAUUCAAAAAAUUGUAGACUGCUCUCUGGUUUGUCCGCUUUUGGAAUCUAAACCCCAGAGUUUCAAUCAAGAAACCGAAAAUGUCAAAACCCUCUGCAAGACUCAUUCAGGGUCUUCUCAGGUUGCGCUUCAAUGGAGGCAACUUAUCAACCAUGUCAAAACCCUCCUCGGACGCCAUGUCUGCAUGUCUUGAUCCCGUUCGGUUUUCUUCUUCUUCUUCUCGUUUCCCCUCAAAUGGAUCCUCUAUGUUUCCAUCUAAGCUCCAUUUCCACUCUCUCUCUUCAAAUCCCACUUCUUCAAAACUCCGUUUAUCCCAGGUUCUUUAUUGCUCACAACACAAUCCUCGACAAUGCUUCAAUCCCUUGGGCUUGGCGUUGGCCAAACCUCAACCGAAUUUGUCAUCGGGGAUUAGAUUCUUCUCCUUGAAGAGCUCAGGUUUAGGGAAAAAAGUUGAUGGCAAUUUCGCAAAGAAUGUUUUUGAUAAGCCAGUGGCAGCCGUUACCUCCGCUUUCUCGCGUUAUCGUGAGGCUAUUGGGUUGCAGAUUGAUGCAUUUUGUAAAAAUAAUUACUUGGUCCUGCUGGGAGGGGGAGCGGUUUUGGUCUGUGCUCUGCUUUGGAAGAUUAUGUUUGGGAUUGCAAAUGCUUUUGUCGGCAUUUCCGAGGGUAUGGCCAAGUAUGGAUUUCUCGCGCUUUCCACUGCCAUUGUUGCCUUCUUCGGAUUAUACCUCCGCUCAAGGUUCACAAUCAAUCCUGAUAAAGUUUAUAGAAUGGCCAUGAGGAGGCUAAACACAUCUGCUGGCGUUCUUGAAGUAAUGGGUGCCCCUCUGACAGGAACAGACUUGAGAGCCUAUGUAAUGUCAGGAGGUGGGAUAACACUGAAGACAUUCAAGCCAAGUUUUAGGAGCAAGCGUUGUUUUCUGAUUUUUCCCAUACGAGGUUCUGAGAGAAAGGGCCUAGUCAGUGUGGGAGUCAAGAAUAAAAAAGGCCAGUAUGACAUAAAACUACUGGCAGUCGACAUCCCUAUGGCAUCUGGUCCUGACCAGCGAUUGUUCUUAGUUGGGGAUGAAGAAGAGUACGGUGUUGGUGGUGGACUAAUAUCUCAGCUAAGAGAUCCUGUGGUGAAGGUAAUGGCAGCAACGAAGGAAUUUGAUGAUCUUGAUCGAAUUGAGGAAGAAGAGGAUGCAGAAAAAGAGCUUAAGGAGGCAGAAAGAAAGCACCAAGGAGAAAUUGAAAAGCUUGAAAAAGAUGGAAUGCGGUGACUGUACUUAGGACUCUGUUUUUUUAAGCUUGAUGUCUUUACUACUACGUCCUGGAGUUGUUCCUAGGAUUUUUUUUGAGAAUUCAACCAUAUUCAAUAGGUGAAGAUGACAUAGGAACACCUUUAAUCUGUAUACUAUGGAUUUUGCAAGGUUUGCUUGUGAUGAUUAGUUCCAUCCUUGAGAAUUUCAGGGUUUGGCAUUAGGUUCCGAGAGAGGGAGCCGAGACAAAUAAAAGCUAAAAAAUGAAGUACAUUGCAUAACAGGAGGUUUGCUA